UUACGAACACACCGCGUUCGUAAGUGGAGGAGUCCUACUCUCCCCCUCCCGUAUUUUUGUUUUGCGACACUUUGCCACACAUGCUGCCGUAAAGCAGAUUUCCCUGGCGUGGCGACACGAGGCGAAGAGAUGUUUCACAGCGAGCCCGACUUCUGUGCCCGCUGUGGCUCUGCGCUGCCGCUCCCCGUCUCCAGUGCCAGUCUCGCCUGCCGGACGUGUCGCUCGCCCGUCAACGCCAGCGCUCUGGAGAAGGUGGCGACGCUUUCCGUGGUGAAGUUCAACAACCCGGAGGGCGCCGGGCAGGGCGACGAGGACGCGGUGCAGUCCAGAGGGGAGCUUACGGGACCCACGGUGGAGCGGCGGUGUCCACGGUGUGGUGGCGAGUCCAUGGCGUACCACACCCGUCAGACACGCUCAGCUGACGAGGGACAGACCGUCUUCUACACCUGCGUCAAGUGCCGGUUUCAAGAAAAGGAAGAUUCCUAGAGAAUCAGCAGCAUCAUCACUGUCAUCAGCACUAUCAGCAGCAGCAGUAUCAUCACUACCAUCACCAUCAACAUCAUCAGUAGCAUCAUCAUCACCAAUACAUCAUCAGCAACACGAUCAUCAUCAGCAUUAUUACCAGUAUCAUCAGCAACACUAUCAUCACCAGCGUAGUGGUGGUGGUGAUGGUGGUGAUGGUGGUGGUGAGGGUGGCUCUGUAACUCUCCGUUAUGGCAGUCAGUGUCGUUUGUGUUCAUCCAAUAAAAUGACGGUGGUGAUGAUGGUGA